GCCCGGCCCUCGGGUCUUAAAGGGCCAGAAGCAGCUGCGGGUCCUUGGCACUUUUGCUGGGAAGGGGUGCGCAGGCGCAGUGGGGAGUUCUCCAGUUGGAGUAGUCGUCGCGUAUUAAGUUGCUGCUCUCUGUCCCAGCAGAGGAAGCGAGAGUGCUGAGCGUCCGACCACCAAUUUGCACCUCACUAGAUCCACUGGACCAGAAAAGUUUGUGAACAGGGGAUCCCGAGUUUUGGGAUACCCAGGCUUGCAGCGUAGGGGGACGGAGGAGGCUGGAGGGAGGUGAGUGAACCUCCUGUGUCGUAGCGUUUAUAGAGCCCUAAGUCAUUUUGGCGGACCCCGACCCAAAUAACCACCGAGGCACACUGCUCCCACCAUGGAGCCCACUCAGCUUGCAGAGAACCUCACCCCAAACCAGCAGUCCCCUGCUCCUGAACUUGAGGAUCCUGAGGACCCCAGAGACGAAUCCCCAGACAGCUCAGAUACUGUGGUCCUCAGUCUGUUCCCCUGCACCCCGGAGGCUGUGAAUCCUGAAGCAGAUGCCAGUGCAUCCUCAUUACAUGGCAGCUUCUUGAAGCACUCAACAACCCUCACAAACCGGCAGCGUGGGAAUGAGGUCUCGGCGCUGCCAGCUACCCUGGAUUCUUGCAGCCCAAGGGGAGCUGAGCCAGCUGAAGGACCAUCUGCGGAAGGGUGCGUGUCCUGUGUGCAUGCACAUGCCUGUCGGGUAGGGGAACUUAUAUGUGACAACCUGAUCAACAAACCAGAUGAGCGUGGCUUUACCCCCCUCAUCUGGGCCUCAGCCUUUGGAGAAAUUGAGACAGUUCGCUGCCUGCUAGACUGGGGUGCUGACCCUCACAUCCUGGCCAAGGAGAGGGAGAGCGCCCUGUCGCUUGCCAGCAUGGGCGGUUACACCGACAUUGUGAGGCUGUUGCUUGAACGUGAUGUGGACAUCAACAUCUAUGACUGGAACGGGGGCACACCACUACUUUACGCUGUGCGUGGGAACCAUGUGAAGUGUGUGGAGGCCUUACUGGCCCGGGGCGCUGACCUCACCACAGAGGCUGACUCUGGCUACACCCCAAUGGACCUUGCAGUGGCCCUGGGAUACCGCAAAGUGCAACAGGUGAUGGAGAGCCACAUCCUCAAACUGUUCCAGAGUACCCUCGGGCCUGCCGACCCCGAGUGAAGACAGCCUGUUGGGAACCCAGGCACUCAGGGAACAAACCAGUCUGCCCACAACUGGCUCGAGGCAGCUCCUGGACAGUGGCGGGAAGGGGCCUGCCCCAACAAGAACCAAUAAAUCUGUGGAGAUCUUGAA